ACUGUAGACAUCCGAGUGGCCAAUCAGAAAAGCUCUUUCCCCUCUCAGCCAAUGGCAGGCGCCACAUUGUUGUCAAAUGUUGUCUAAUGGAUACGUAAGGCGCAACAAUAGAGCAAGCGCUCGCGGGCGGUUCGGCGAAGAUUUCUAUCUCUUGGCAACUCUCGCUCUCUUUAGCGGCGCGCAUGCAAAGUUGGGGCUGAGGAAAGGGGGGUCCGGACUGGGUUCGGCUGCCUGUUGAAGGCGGCUUUGGUUGGCGGAGCUGUAGCUGGAGGAAGAGAGAGGCAGAGUAGGCUGAGAAAAAAUUAGAGGGCGGCGGAGACAGGAGCGUGGGCGCGAAUCAGGAAGUUGGAAAUUGUUGCACUCUGAAGUCUGAAACCUGGCGGGGGUCAGAGGAAUCCUCCGUCUUCUGCCACGGUUAGCUUGGCUUGCGUGCGAUUGUGACAAGCUGCAAUCUUGGACAGGCACUGGGACUGCUGCGUCUCCAGGGGCUUGUGCGCGCUUCUGUCAGGACAGUGUUUUGUAACAUUGGCAGGCGAGGGAGCGCAGCUGUUCUCCUUUCCUCGGAUCGUGGCAGGGGCGGUUGCCGUCGGGUUUCGUUGUAAGUUCUUGCCAGAGAAGAAAUCAGCCGGGAGUGAGCCGGGGCGAUUCUGCUUCGCCGCGUAGUUGAGAAGAGAUGGAAUGGCUGGGGAGCCAUAUCGAUGGUUUCGGGGCUUGGGGGCUUUGAUUCGGGGGGAUCAAGGAAGCCCCGACUUCCGCUAACCUAGGAUCCACGUUCCUUCAGUGGGGGGUUGAGCCAGAGCAACCAAAAAGGGCGGGGGGGGGGGGAAUGUUUGUUUGCUUCCUCGAAGAGUAAAUGCCGUUUACUUCCCCGAAGUUAGGUAACUACGCUGUAGAGUAAGGCGCGGGGCGGGGGAGUGAUUGGGGAGGAAGGACUGAGGCGCACCAGACUUUUUGGAGGAAAACCAGGUCUCGAUUUUUGUAAUUUUACCGCCUUCAAAGUGGCUUGGAGACAACUUAGGCUCUCGCGGAGCGGCGGGUUGUUCCAGGAAGGCCCUGGCGUUUCCCUCGUCCCCUUGAACCCGCGGAAGUCUUGUUGAGGUACGGUAUAAAAGGAGCAUCGGUGGGGAGAGGGCCCUGCGCCUCUGAGUCUCCCCUGGAAGCCACGGCACCCCUACUUGGUCAAGAUGGAACUGAGGUCUGAGAUGACCAACGUACCCCCGGCGCCCUCUGCGGUGCCCCCUAGUUCAGUGGCGGCGGCAGCGGCGGCGGCGGCAGCGGCUAGCCUGCCGGUGAGCGUAGCCGGGAGCCUUCUGCGAGGCCCGCCGUUGCUUCUGCGAGCUGCCGAGAAGUAUCCGCGCACCCCCAAGUGCGCUCGCUGCCGCAACCACGGCGUGGUGUCGGCGCUCAAGGGCCACAAGCGCUACUGCCGCUGGAAGGACUGCCUGUGCGCCAAGUGCACGCUGAUCGCCGAGCGGCAACGCGUCAUGGCCGCCCAGGUGGCGCUGCGGCGGCAGCAGGCUCAGGAGGAGAACGAGGCCCGCGAGCUGCAGUUGCUCUAUGGCACGGCCGAGGGGCUGGCCCUGGCCGCGGCCAACGGCAUCAUCCCGCCGCGGCCCGCCUACGAAGUCUUCGGCUCCGUGUGCAGCGCCGAUGGAGGCUCGGGGGCUUCAGAAGUCAAGAUGCAGAAAUUUGACUUGUUCCCCAAGACGCUUCUCACCAACCGCUCCGUGACCCCUCAACAGAACAAGCCUUUAUCGCCGGAUGGGACGGACGGCGCGCCAGGCACUUCAUCCCCGGAGCCUCCCCGUCACGGCUGUGGCUCCAGCUCGGAGAACGGCGACGGCGAGUCCUCCGUCAGCUCGCCAGUCUCCAAAGGCGCCAAAGAGGGCAGCGGGGGCGGCGGAGCCGAGGAGGAGAGCACAGGCUCCGUCAGUCCACUGGGCUCCGACUCGGGUUGCUCUGAGGCAGAACGGGACGAAGCAGGCGCUCCCUCGCCUGGUUUGGCCGUUGCUGCCGCGGCCGCCGUGGCGGGGAGCAGCCGGCAGCAGCGGACGCCGUUGGACAUCCUGACGCGCGUGUUUCCCGCGCACAAACGCAGCGUGCUGGAGCUGGUCCUGGCCGGCUGCGGUGGGGACGUGGUGCAGGCUAUCGAGCAGAUCCUUAACAACCACCAUCACCACCACCACCACCGGGGAGCAGGCGGCAGUCCAGGCCAAGCACUUUCGGCCGCCUCUGGACUCAGCUCGGUCGGGUCGGACAAGGCGGGCGACGAAACCUGGGUGCGGGCUGCUGGAGACGCGCCGGGGACCUUGGCUGGCCUGCAGCCUUCGUCGGCUGGCGGCACCUCGCAUCACCGCCCUCUUUUGGCCGGCGCCAUGACCCCGGCCAUCGGCGCGCUGGGCAGCCGCUCCGCCUUCUCACCUCUGCAGCCCAACGCGACCCAUUUCGGGGCGGCGGCUGAGGCCGGCGCCUACCCCUUAGGCACGCACUUGAGUUUGAGCCCGCUGCGCCUGGCUUACUCAGCCGCAGCGGCGCACAGUCGCGGCCUGGCCUUCAUGACCCCUUACUCCACGGCGGGGCUAAUGCCCACGCUGGGCUUCCGGCCGCCUAUGGAGUACGCCUUCAGCGACCUCAUGCGGGACAGAUCAGCCGCGGCGGCAGCGGCCGCGGCAGCUGCCGCCGCCGCCAGCGUGCACAAGGAGCAGGCGUACCCAAACGGCCUUUACGGGCCCUUGGUGAAUAGCGCCCCAGACAAACAGUAGGCCGCAAAGCCGGGGACUGGAUUUUCUAUGUACAUAUAUAUGCAUAGAGAGAUAGAAAUAUAUACGAUAUAAACCUGUGCCCAAACGUACAUCCGAGAGGUGCGGAAAGGCAGCCGGGGCAGCGAAUUCUCGGAAGGCGGCGGGGGAGCGACCUGGUCUAAACCGAGGGCUCGAUUCCCCGCCGGUAUCGCAGCGGGGUCUUAAACGCCGCUUAUCCUCAGAUAUAGAAACGCGCCAGUUAGAAGUAAGUUUCCUGGAAAGUGAAGCAGCGGAGUAGUCUUAAGUUGGAGCCGAGGUGGUGUUGGUGUUAGGGGAGCUACAGCACUUUUCGCGGAGCAAGCGAGGAGGAGGAGGAGGAGAAGGAGAAGGUGCAGUCUCGUCGGCAGCCGAGCGAAGGGGACCUAUUGCCAGUGAUUUAAGGCGAGGCAGAAUUUUGCAAAAAUGUUAUAGCCCGAGAUGUGUAACGUGUCUAUGGGCAGCACUGUUGCCGAAUUCUUCUGUCGGUUUCUGUGAGUAACAAUGGGAAAUCACCUUGUCCCUCCCCCGGUCUUGGUUUCGCCUGACUUUUAGGUGAUCCGGGUUUCAUUUCACUUUUAUUUGUUGCAAACACAAGUGGUCAAAUGCGUGGAACUUGGCGAACCUCUUAAGUGUGUUGAUUAAACAAAACGAGUAAAAAUGUCUUUUUACUGUUAAAGUUGUCCCUCAUUAUUAUAUUUUGCAUAUAGCUGUAAACAUGGAUAUUCCCCUCGGGUCGCAUCCAUAUUUCUAUCUGUAUCUCUAUACCCGCCAGUGUAUAGCAAAAUGUUUUAAAAAAUGGGAAUUUAAAUUAUUAAUGUAAUUUGUAGGCGAAGUUAUUAAUGGUAAAUGAAACGGUUAGUCAGUUUUCAUUUUGGAAACACGUCAUAGAGAUUAAACAUACUGUAAAAAAAAUUAACUCUUUGUUCUGUCUAUUCCCAGGGGAAAUAUAAUAUGUAAAUAAGGUUAAAAAGUAAAUAUAUUUGUAAUUGUCCUUUCCUUUGGACUCGAUCCAAAGGCUAUUGUUGACCCAGAUUUAAUGAAUGAUCCAAACAAAAACGCUGUCUGGUUUCAGCUUAACAAAAUUCCUGCCAUUUCAAACAGGGUUUUUUGAGUUUGUUUUUCCCUUCUGUUUUCAUUUCAUAGAAAACUAGAAAUAAAUAUUAUUUUGUAUUAAA